UAACAACAACAUUUUUCAAAGCAAUUCAAUUUUCAAAGCGUCUCCGAAAACGAUAGCAAAAAACAUGGACGUUGCAAAGUCUGACCUGUGUUGGGAGUGUAUUCAGGAAAAUUGGGAAAAUUGUGAUCUUAGUUGCAUCAAAUGUAAGCGUUCAUAUCAUUCAAGUUGUUUGCCACAAAGCGCACAAAAUGAUGUCGAUACAAACAAUUGGUUGUGCCCGGUGUGUGUUGAAUCGGAAGCUGCUGACGACAAACCAAGUGAUAUGCAAUGGUUGCCGUUAAUCAUGGAUCGUGUGACUAAAACCGAUUUCUAUCAAGUGUUGAAGCAGACGCACCAUUCCAUUGUCAUUCUCGACAAUUUGCGAACUGUCAUGAACAACAUUGACUCGUACGAAAACUUUGCCGAAUUUCGUGGCGAUAUUUUGUGGAUUCGUUACAAUUGCAUCAGUGCAUACAGUGGUUUCGAUCGAGAUGAAAAGGGACACGCUGCUGGUGAAUUGCUGGAAUAUAUUGACCAGGAAAUAAAAUGUUUAAAGAAUUGCAUGGAAUGUUAUGCGAAUGAAGCCGUCUAUCCGGAAUCAUGGUUUAAAAUGGCAUGUGCUGAACCGCAUUUGCUUGUUUCGGUAAAAUCGGAUGAAUCCAACAUAGAACGCCCAGCAAAGUUGAUGUCAAUCGAUGGACAAUCGGUCAAUGUUCGUUUGUUUGGUGACCAUUCUCACACCAACGUGCAAGCAACCAACGUUUACUUAUAUUCCGAAAGUGAUUUGAAUCAAUGGUCCAACAAUGCCGCAGUCACAGAAGUGCGCGAAUACAUCGAAAACAUUCGUGAAAAGUUCGGCUCAUUUGCAAUGGCCAAGGCCAAAACGUUUUUCAAUCCGGCAUUGCAUGAAAGCUACCUAUACGACAUGGUGCCUGCAUUGGCCGAACGCCGUGCAAUGGAUUCGAGUCCCAGUUCAUCAUCGAUGGGACGACUGCCAGAUGAGACUGAUAAUAAAAAAAUGCGUUUGGCCGAAAAAAAUGAUGACAAACCCGAAGAUUUGAUGAAAUUGGACGAAUCUAAACUACAAACCGUAAAAGAUGUGGCACAUUUACUGGCAAAAAAAUUUGAUGAUGCAACCGAAAAGGUCACAUCCAACCUCCGAACGUGUGUCUCUUUAGAAAAUUCGAAGGCAAAUUUAUCAUUGGAAAUUGUUAAAAUUGAUCACUUGAUCGAAAUUGCGACAUUGAAAAAAAACCAUGAAAACAAAAUUGAAGCGCUAAAAAAUGAUCAUGUUGAAGAAAUCGAAAUGUUCAAAAACACUGCAGAAAAUGCAAAUGAAGUGAUCAAUGACCUACUACAACAGAUGGAGGAUUUGAAGAAACAGCAUUUGGAUGCGAAACAGAAGCUGCGCGAAAAUUUUCAAGGAUAUCUGAACAGAAUGAGAGACCUUGAAUAUGGAUGCGAGUUCCCAGUAAAUUAUGAAGACGUGUAUGAUGAAACCGAUGAAGACUAAAAAGGGAUAAGACAACAACUCCACCAACAACAACACCAACAGCAACCUCACCAUUAAAUAUUUGACCUCACCUAGUGUACGAUAACGCCUAGUCAGAAAAUACGGUAGAAAAUGUUCAAUUCACCGAAUCGUUUUUUUUUUUAUAAAAAUUAGUUCUUUCUGACUUUUCAUAAACUGAAGACAGAAGCUUCAGAUUUUCAAAAAACCAGAAUAUCCGCAGGAAGUUCGAAAAAAAUCGCAUUAGCAAAAUAUUUGCCGAAAAAAAAUUGAAUA